CCCCGGGAUGCGUCCGAGCUAGGAGUCAGGUCCAGGAUGAGGGCCAUGUCUAUCUGGGCCUCAGGCCUCCUGAUGUUCCAGAUGCUGCUGUUUGUGGCUGGGGAACAGAGCACACAGGACGCCACUGCUGCUGCCUCUGCCACCAUCAACAAGGGGCUCCACAUGCAGAAAGUGGGGUCCGGGUUGGUUCGGGCCGCGCUGGCGGAGCUGGUAGCCUUGCCCUGUCUCUUCACCCUGCGGCCACGGCCAGGUACAGCCCGAGAAGCCCCUCGGAUCAAGUGGACCAAGGUGCGGGCUGCAUCGGGCCAGCGUCAGGACUUGCCCAUCCUGGUGGCCAAGGACAACGUGGUUCGAGUGGCCAAGGGCUGGCAGGGACGCGUGUCCCUGCCUGCUUACCCACGGCGCCGGGCCAACGCGACGCUGCUACUGGGACCGCUGAGGGCCAGCGACUCUGGGCUCUACCGCUGCCAGGUGGUGAGGGGCAUCGAGGAUGAGCAGGACCUAGUGCCCCUGGAGGUGACAGGUGUUGUGUUCCACUACCGGGCAGCUCAGGAUCGCUAUGCACUGACGUUCGCAGAGGCCCAGGAGGCCUGCCGUCUCAGCUCAGCCACCAUUGCAGCCCCACGGCACCUACAGGCCGCCUUUGAAGAUGGCUUUGACAACUGUGAUGCCGGGUGGCUCUCUGACCGCACUGUUCGGUAUCCCAUCACCCAGUCCCGUCCUGGUUGCUAUGGCGACCGUAGCAGCCUUCCAGGGGUGAGGAGCUAUGGGAGGCGCGACCCACGGGAACUCUACGAUGUGUAUUGCUUUGCCCGUGAGCUGGGGGGCGAGGUCUUCUACGUGGGCCCGGCCCGCCGCCUGACACUGGCCGGCGCGCGUGCCCAGUGCCGCCGCCAGGGCGCCGUGCUAGCCUCGGUGGGACAACUGCACCUGGCCUGGCACGAGGGCCUGGACCAGUGCGACCCGGGCUGGCUGGCCGACGGCAGCGUGCGCUACCCGAUCCAGACGCCGCGCCGGCGCUGCGGGGGCCCAGCCCCGGGCGUGCGCACGGUCUACCGUUUCGCCAACCGCACCGGCUUCCCGGCACCCGGAGAGCGCUUCGAUGCCUACUGCUUCCGAGCUCAUCACCCUACACCACAUCAACACGGAGACCCAGAGACCCCCUCAUCUGGGGAUGAGGGGGAGAUUCUGUCAGCAGAAGGGCCCCCAACCCAAGAACUGGAGCCCAGCAUCGGGGAGGAGAUGGUCACCCCCGACUUCCAGGAACCUGUAGUGUCCAGUGGGGAGGAAGAGCCUCUGAUCCUGGCAAGGAAGCAGGAGUCUCGGGAGACCCCCAGCCCUACCUCUGGAGGCUUCACGCUGGCCUCAAGGCCCCCCCUGGAGACUGAAGAAGUGUGGCUGAGCACAGUGGCCCCCAGCCCUAGUGGUCCUAGCACUGCAGUGGGCACACACACGGAGGCCACUCCUACUGGCCCCAUACCCAGGAGGAGGGGACGCUUUAAAGGGUUAAACGGGCGCCACUUCCAGCAGCAGGAACCCCAGCAAGGCCUGGAGAUGGGGCUUGAGGACGGCACCCAGCCCCCGACCCCAGAGGCUGCUGGGAAUCACGUGGAGCCUCUGCUGGCCACGGGAGCCACAGAAGCCUCAGGGAAGACCCAGAGCCAAAGCCCCUGGGCUGUGCUGACCAAUGAAGUGGAUGGGCCUGAAGCUGGUUUCCCUGGUGGCAGGAGCCCCCCAGACCCGUGGCUGUGGCCCCCAACUGCUGUACCACCUAGCAUCCCAGCCCCCAGCAGUGUCCUUGGCCUGAAGCUAGAGGAAGCCAAGGGCCCCAGUGUGAGGCCAGCCAUUCCUGACCUUCCCUGGUCCCCCUCAGAGGCCACUGCCCUGGCACCCAGCCCCUCAGAAGGCCCCAGCACUGCCUCCUGGGGGGUGUCCCCUAUGGUCUCUUCCCCAGACUUCCCUGUCAUGGCCAUGCUUCGUGCCCCGAAACUGUGGCUACAUUCACACCCUACGCCCCUCCCCACGCAGGCUGACAGGGUCAAGGGGCAGAGUGAGGUCAUGGCCACUGGUCCACCCUCUCCUGCCUCAGAGACUGAGGCUCAUUCCCUGUCCCUCUCCUCAGUCCCGACAGGACAGAGUAGAGAGACCGCAUCCCCGACAGUUGCCAGUCCUGACCAUCCCAGGACAGACUUUGGAGAAAUGGGGGAGAGCCACCCUACUGGGUUCAGCAAAACUGAGCUCCCCAGAUCCAAUCCACAAGCUUCUGUGGACAGGAAUGUGGCAGAAGAUUUUUAUCCUGCCAAGAUAGCCACUGAGCCCACAGGAGUGAGAGACAUCUCGGGGUCUGAGUCUGGGGUCUUCAGCACAGCGGAAAGCCCCAGUUCCAGUUCUCAGGCCAUCAUGGACGAGGCACAGGGCACGUGGCCCUCACUGCACACUGACGGGCAGGACUCCCGCUCCCCAUCGGCGCCCUCAGGGGGCCCCAGAGUUGUCUUGAUUCCUGGGGUCACCCCAAGUUCGGAGCCUUGGGCCCCUAUAAAUGAAGAAGCCAUGUUGGAGCCCACAGAUUCCACAACCACGCUGGAUCCCAGUGAUGCUGGUGGGAUUUGGGAACCUGGAUCCCACGUAGUUGAGGGAGCCAAAAGCCCUACCUUGAGCCCUCAAGUGGCUGUGGAUUCAAGCAUGGCGAUGUCCCCCUGGUCCCUGGACCAGGGGGACAAGUUUGGGGUCCUGGCCAUGUCCACAGUGGUCUCCUCAAGCUCCCAACCCCAUCCAGAGCCAGAGGGACAGAUGGUGACCCCGGGAACACCGGGAACCUUGGUCCCUUCACAUGAGGGCAGCCCCCCAGAGGAGCUGAUUUUUCCUUCUUGGGCACCAACGGCAGCCAGCGUGGACAAGCCUGUCUCAGUUUCCUCAGGAGCGCCUACAGUGCCGGGGGCCUCCCCCAGCACCCUUCUGCCUGCCUCCCUGGGCCCCGAGGAAUUUGAGCUGGAGGUCCUGGCAGGGAGCCCAGGUGUGGAGGGCUUCUGGGAAGAGGCAGCGAGUGGAGAAGAGCUGACCCUGCCAGGGACCCCUGCAAAUGGGAGUGCAGAGGAGGCUGCCUUGGAUCCGUGCGAGAACAACCCUUGCCUGCAUGGGGGCACCUGUAAGGCCAACGGUACCAUGUACGGUUGUAGCUGUGACCAGGGCUUCGCCGGGGAGAACUGUGAGAUUGAUAUUGAUGACUGCGUCUCCAGCCCCUGUGAGAACGGAGGCACCUGCAUUGAUGAAGUGAACACAUUCGUCUGCCUUUGCCUCCCCAGCUAUGGGGGCAGCCUCUGCGAGAAAGACACGGAGGGCUGUGACCACGGCUGGCACAAGUUCCAAGGCCACUGCUACCGCUAUUUCGCCCAUCGACGGGCGUGGGAGGACGCCGAGAGGGACUGCCGCCGCCGGGCUGGCCAUCUGACCAGCAUCCACUCACCUGAGGAACACAGCUUCAUUAACAGCUUUGGGCGUGAAAACACGUGGAUCGGCCUGAAUGACAGGAUCGUGGAGAGGGAUUUCCAGUGGACGGACAACACGGGGCUGCAAUAUGAGAACUGGCGGGAGAACCAGCCUGACAAUUUCUUCGCGGGCGGGGAGGAUUGUGUGGUGAUGGUUGCACAUGAGAGCGGGCGCUGGAACGACGUUCCCUGCAACUACAACCUCCCCUACGUCUGUAAGAAGGGAACAGUGCUUUGUGGUCCCCCUCCGGCAGUGCAGAAUGCCUCACCCAUUGGUGCUCGCAAGACCAAGUAUAAUGUCCAUGCCACUGUACGGUACCAGUGUGAUGAAGGAUUUACCCAGCACCAUGUGGCCAUAAUUCGAUGCCGGAGCAAUGGCAAGUGGGACCAGCCCCAAAUCGUCUGUACCAAACCCAGACGGUCCCAUCGGAUGCGGCGACACCAUCACCACCACCAGCACCAUCGCCAGCAUCACCACCACAAAUCGCGCAAAGAGCGCAGAAAACACAAGAAACACCCAGUGGAGGACUGGGAGAAGGAAGAAGGGAAUUUCUGUUGAGAAACCAGGCAAAAGGAAGCACAACCCCCUUCCCACACCUUCUCUGGAGGCUUCACCUGGGGAGACAGAGCCCAGAGAAAAACAAGAGGGUCUGGAAGCCCCUGUGCCCCAAACCACAUCCCGCCCCCAUAACCCUUUGUAAAAAACUACUCUCUCCUCUUUCUUAUAUACACAAGGUCCACUUGGCAGGCAAAGCCAGGUAUCUGAAAAGUCAGUUCUAGUCAGGCUGAACUCUGGGAGCAUCUCCCAGUGGAGGGAAGCACAAUCAGCAAAGAUCAUUCUUUGCACCGGUUAAGUCUUUUGUUGGCGAGGCUGAUUACCGGUUGUUGAACUAAGGCUUUGAUGAGGGUGCAAGGGUAUAUAUUCGGAUUCACACUAAGGAAUGGCUUAUCACACCAGACAUGCAGGCUUAGUAAACCAUCAGAUGUCCUAAAUGCGGGCUGGAGCUUUUAGUUAAGGUCGUUGGCUUUGGGAGUUGAAAGUUGAACUUGACAGCUGCUCUUCCUCCACCCUGGACUUCAGCCCAAGUUCCGUCUUUGGUCUUGGGGGAUAAAUGGAGUGUGGAACUCCAACAUACUGAAUUUUAGGACUGUUUUAGAACAACCUCCUCUGUGCCCUCAGAGUUAGGGGUCAGGAUAGUCAGAGCAAUAUAUGGGCAAUGGAGGGAAGGUGUAUUGCUUACCCUCCCAGGUCGAGUCCAAUGCUGAGAUUUGGUGGUUCUGUAUGUGUGGUGAAUCUCUCUCACACACACAGAAGAGAGGAUGUUUAGGGCUUGAUGAGCCCAGAUUUCUUCCCCCUCCAUCUCUCAGGGAGACAAAGAACCUCCUUCCUGGACCAAGGA